AUGGCCCAGCCAAAACCCCCCUUCGUCUUCCCCCGCGAAUACUCCUUCCCCCCCUUCUUCACCCGCCAGACAAACCUCACGACCCACCACGCCCAGCUCGAGAAAUGGUCCGCCCUCAUCCUCGCCUACACGCAGCACCACCGCAUCUUCAAGCUGACGCCCCCCUCGGCCGCCUCGUCCUCGGCCGCAGCAGCGGACCCCAGCCUCCUGCCGGCCGCCGCGACGGCCAACACCACCCACCACAACACGGACGACCUCUUCCACAACAAGACGCUCAACCGCCGCCUCGGCCCCGCCGACGCGCGCGAGGUCCUCGACGCCAUGCGCCGCGACGGCCGCGCCGAGACGGUCGCCCGCGACGGCGACGCCGUCUGGGUGUACUGGCGCACGCCCGAGGAGUGGGCCGCCCUCGUCGAGGCGUGGGUCGACGACACGGCGCAGAAGGGCGUCGUCGUGACGCUGUAUGAGCUGACCGAGGGGGACACCUCCCUCGGCACGGAAUUCCACGGCAUGGACCCUGAUCUCCUGCUCAAGGCGCUGCAGGUCCUCGCCAAGCGGGGCAAGGCGCAGGUCUUCGGCCAGGACGACUCGCUCGGUGUCAAGUUCUUCUGA